AUGUCCACCCCAAACACCGACUCCACAUCCACAUCUACAUCCGAGUCUACAUCCCCCCCAACCUACCAAUCCCAGCCUACCUCUCAUACCCAAGACGCCAUAACCGACCUCGACGCGGCGGGCAUCAACGAAGCCGAAGACGAGCGACAGUACCGUGCACACUGGCAGCAGCAGUACGAGGCCAAGGGGAUUAUGGAGCUGCGUGAGUUGUGCCGGGGGGAGGGGGUGAAGAUACGCGGGAGUAAGGCGGAGCUUGUGAGUAGGUUGGUGCGGAUUGAGGUUGAGGGGUAUCGGGGGAGGGGGUAUGGCGGGUGA